ACGCAGGACAGUAGAUCAAGACAUGGCCAAGAUGGCGGCGUCCGUGGUGGAAACCGGAGAGGAUGCUUUUAGAAAAAUAUUUAAGUUGUAUAAGCGCAGAAGCCCUCCGCCGGAUUUCAACGAUGUUAUUGAUUUUUCCAAAUGUGUGACAAAUGACAAGAUAUUUCCAGCGAAACUAGAUUCAGCUGCUGUGCAUGAUAGUGAUGCUGCCAAGGUUGGAUUACAUCCUGUCCAAGACUGGAAAGCUUUCACCCUGCAGGGCUACCCAGGGUUCAUCUUCAUCACUAACCCGUUUAGUCGCGGCUCCCAGCCCUUCUGGGUUCGACAAUGUUUGAAGACUUACCCUCAGAAGCCAAAUGUCUGCAACCUGGACAUGCACAUGUCUCCCACUGACACUCAGGAUAUCUGGACCAAGAGUGUACCCAACCUCAGUUGUCCUUCUGUCGGAAAGAGAGAGCCUAGAACUCUUCUGGAGAGGCUGCGUUGGGUCACCUUGGGUUAUCAUUACAACUGGAAUAGCAAGACUUACUCUGCAAAUCACUACACUCCAUUCCCAAGUGAGCUCCACCUUCUGUCUUCCCAAAUAGCAACUGCCUGCGGCUUCACAGGCUUCAAUGCUGAAGCUGGAAUCCUCAAUUAUUACAGGUCGGAUUCCUCUUUAGGAAUCCACGUGGAUGAAUCCGAAUUAGAUCAUAGCCGCCCACUGUUGUCUUUCAGUUUUGGCCAGUCAGCGAUUUUCCUCCUGGGUGGCACUCACAGACAAGACCCCCCCACCGCCAUGUACAUGCACAGCGGCGAUGUGAUGAUCAUGUCAGGGCAGAGCCGCCUCCUUUACCACGCCGUACCUCGCAUUGUUCCUGCCAACCAGGAAGUGGCAGCUCUCGAACCCGGGCAAUGCAGCUGGGAGGGCGGCGCCGUUGUGGAGCAAGUGUCCGAGGAGGACUGGACUGUAUGCUCUCGGUACAUCCAUAGCUCCAGGAUUAAUAUGACAGUCAGACAGGUUCUGGGGCAGGGGCAGAGCUUCCCUGAGAUACCUCCUCUUCCAGGACACAUAGAAGAGCACCAAGAAGAUAAUACAAAGAGGAAACGUUAUAGUGACUCACCCUAUACUGAAGAGACAUGAUAAAUACAUUGUUACGCUUGCUUUUGGGGAAAAAAAACGAUUAUUUUUGUAAUAUAUUGCACUUUGUGGCAGGGAUUGUGUAAUUGAAUCAGAAUGACACAAAGUGAAGUCAAUGCAAUUCAGAUCAUGUAUUUUACUAGUGUGCUCCAAACAAAAUGUCUAAAGUGUUUGUGCGGCCAUUUUAAAGACCUAAAUAAAGCAAGAACGGCAACGGG